AUGGCGGGGAUCUCCCAGCUGCUGCAGAUUCUGCGCGACGAGAAGAGGACCCCGAUGCUGGUCGCCCAGAAGCUCCGGUCGGAUUCCGCCCGAAAGGGACUGCGGAACUUCCUUCGCGUCCUCCGGAGCGGGAUCGAGGUCGGCGAGGGUGGGAGGCUGGGGGUCGAGAGCUGGAGCCGACAGCAGAUCGAGGCCACGGUGUCGGUUGCCAGGCCGAUCAUCGCCGCCAGUCUCUCCACUCCUGGUGGGGAUGCGCUUCCGUUCCGUCUCGUUUAGUAUUGCGAUGCCAGUUUGGUUCCGUGCUUACAUUAUUUUUUUUUAUUUUUUACCUUUCGUGGCAUUUGUGGUCAGUUGAGAACGCCGAGCCAGUGGUGCUAGCGAUUCUCGGGGAUUCUAUUGAGCUAUGUACAUGCUUGUUGGAGAAAUCAACGUUCGAGAGCGAUAAUUUUAGUUUGCAGGUUCGCGUUUUAACCUUUAAAUGUGUACAAAAUAUGUUUCCAAGUAUUGAGGUAUCAGCUGAUUGUUUGAUGGCAUUUAUUUUCGUAUUUACUGAUCAACCUUUUGCUUACCCAAAUAUGCUGCUUCAUAGGUAUUAUGUCUGCCUUUAAUUUUUUCGUCUAGUAUUAUCAAAUGCGUCAAUUAUUUUAGAAGACAUCGCAUUGUACGUUUGCAGCAUCCAAAGUGAUGAUUAUUCGGAAAUUCCUGCUUCAUUUCAUGCAUACGUAGUCUUGAGCUGUUAGGAAUAUCAAUUUCUCAAUCCUUUGAACAAAUAUAUCGUUUUUGGUGCUUAUUUUGAUUUUUACUGCUGUUGACUGAUGAGAACUUCUUAUUCUUCACAUUUAUAACCGAAUGCAACUUUUACAGUAUAUAUAGCUCUGGGAGAGUUUCUCUCGUACUAUCUUUAUAUAGGUCUUGCAAUAUCUAUAAGGCCUAAAAAUUAAGCACGCAUAGGAAGGGCUUUAAAAAAAAAACGGAGUGAAGACAUGGUACUAGAAAAAUAAAACUUCCUAAAAAGUUUCUAACAGCCCUAAGCACUGGAAAGUGUAAAUAUCAUGGAAAGAAGAUAUAUUUAGGAAUAUAUCUCUGAACAUAUCUCAUGAUGAGUCUACAUUUGCAGCAGCCAAAUAUAUGAUUAUACUGGCAUUCCUACUUCAUUUCUUCAAUAAGGAGUUUUGAGCAAAUAGGAGUAUCCAUUUCUUAAUCCUUUGUUCAUGCUCAUUGUUUUUUGUGCUUAUUUGGAUUUUUACUACUGUUGAGUAUUAAUGAUUUGCGAUUCGCUUUAUGUUUGUAUAUGAAUUCCUUUUUUUAGUUAUUCAAAGUUGUGGAUUACUAUUUUACACGAUCAUACUUUUUCAUUAUCACCCUUACUGUAAAAUUUCAUUUGUGGCCAUUCUAUCAAAAUGAUAUCUCAGCAGGGCGAGGUUUUUGUUUAUUGGUAAUGCUUAUUUCAUGACAAUGCCAAAGAUGGAAGUGUGCCAGCUUUGGCUUUAAACCAUACCCCAACUUUUCAAACUGCCAUUCAUGAUAUAUCCUGGAAUGUUGUUUGAUCGCAUCCUUGCAUUACAUUCUCCAUAAUGGGUACCUUUGACUGGCCAGUGCUUGUCAUAAUCUAGAAUUGCUUCAACAAUCGCUAGAUUAGUUAUGAGCAAGGACAAUGUUGGCUUCUAUCAUACAUUUUUGUUUCAUUGUAAAGUUUACGGUGAAAGGUCACCGUUGUAACUAAAUAAAGGGGUUUUUUAUGGGUCUUCUGAAACCUCUUGUUGUAAGAGUCAUUGGAAAGGAAAACACACAAGAUUGUAAAAGUAGUGAGAAGAUUGGUCUUUGAAUUUUUACAAGUUAGGGUUUGUUCCUUGCUUUUGACGGAGUUGGGUUCUUCAUGGAUUCUGAGCCAUCUUGACUAUACAGUAGGACUAUGAAAACCAGCCAUACCGACUACAGAGCAACUAAAAUCCAACAACGUGGUAAAACAGGAUAUGAAAUCAGAAAAGCUCUCAGAAAAAGACCAUUAAUGUAACUUGUCACUUGUAGAUCUGUGUACUUGCUCAUCUUUUCUAUCUCAUUCGUGAAGAACUCAUAUAACCACCUCGUGUCCUCCAGAAGCUGAGGACUGCUAUUUUUCAUUUUAAAGUCCUCUGGAUAGCUAAUCCCGUAAAUUUAUUGGAGAGUGCAUACUACUCCCUUUCCCAAACCUGAUAUUCUGCAGUUUUUCACUUUUAAGGCCAAAGAUGAUCUUACAAUCUCUAAGUUCUCGCAGUUUUUUUUCCAUGUACCAGAAAACUGCAAUGGAGACCUAGGAGCUGCAUUCCAUGUGCUCCUACUUUUUUACGCUUUGUCACUGUGAUGUUUACCUGAAGUGCAUGCUUAUCUUGCCUAUCCCUGCCUGGCCAUAUCGCCGACAGAUCUUUAUGGAAAUUUCAAUAUUGAAAAAUGGACAGCGUUCUCUCUUUGUCUUUUACAAAAUACUCUCCGAAUUUGAGAGAGAUUACUCUUUUGUCUUUGCAUCCAUCUUUCCAAGAGAAAGAGAGUGUGAUUAGUUGUUUCUAUUUUUUAUGAUUUUUUUUUAAGAUUUGAAGUUCUUGGAAAAUCCAGAAUUGAUUGUAGAUAUUUUUUUAAACUCUAAAAAUAGAAUACAGAUGUUCAUGUACUCUAGGAUGCUGUAGACUAUGCUUGUGCCAAUCUGCGUAAUGUGACAGAUUAAAAAUUUUCUCAAUAAAAAUGUUUGUAAUCCACCGUUCUCUUAGUCUACAACUAAUAAAAGUGAGCACCUUUGACAACUCUCGCUCCUGAAUGGCUGUGAUGAUCUCUCCAUUCAGAAGGAUAAUGAUCCUAUAAUCAUUUAGCCUGUCUGGUCCAGCAUUCUUUGGUUCCAAAUACUGAAAAUAUCUUGGAAUGAACCUCAGUUGUUGUUUCCAUGCUUAUUUAACGAAGUAUCAGCUUUUAUUUCUUGAGGUGGAAGCACAUUUUAGGAGGGGUCCGGGAUAAAAUGAGUGAUUCUCCAAUCUCACACUAUAAUUGGCAUCACCUGCCCUCUCCUCAAUAACAGUAAACCCAUUUAAGUCUAGUGUGUGUAACAGGGCUGAUCAGAUUUUCGUAAAGUUCCUUCUUCCGUUUUAUUUUUUGUGGGGCUGAUGACCCCAUUUUUUAUAGUAUUCUAGGAAACAGACUUGUAGCAGCCUUCAGUAUGCCAGGAACAUCUGGGUGAAAGCCAAUAACUACAAAAGAAGGGAAAUCUUAGGCAACUAUAUGCCGUUCCAUUCCACCUUCUCAUAUCUCUCCUUCAUUUAUCCGCACAUCUCAUUAUUUGGUUCUUCACGUUUCGAAGUUUUCCUUUAGUCUCUGGAUAUCUGAUCUAAUGUAAUUAUGUUCGAGCUCCUUGCUAAUAUUUUUAAAUUUAUCAUUUGAGAAUCGGAUCCUUCUAAUUUAAAAUGUUCUCAAGGAAAUAAUAUCCAUUGCAACUUCGUUCCACUACACACACUAUAAUUUUAACUAGUCAUUUUUCUUGAACUUCGUUUUUGACUUCUGAUUUAUUUUUACUACUUUGAUUUGGCAGAAUGCCCUCAUAGAAGUAUUAGAGAUAGCAUUAGUUGAAGGAAAGAUGAAGGAUUUUGAAGCAUGUAAACAUCCUGGUGAUACUAUUGAAGAAUCAUUGCCUAUUACUUCUGUUGACCUGGAUUUUAUGGAACUAGAUGACUACCCCAAAUAUAAUUUUCGAGGUAUUGGUACUCCAUUGUCCCCUAGAACUACAUUCUACUUUACAUUCGAACUGUAUUUUCCUGACGCUUGGAGUUGUCUUACAUUUGAGUUAGGUGUUGACUGCUUGAAGAGCCAGAAUCCAAGGGAUAGCGUCUUGAUGGUCCUGACUUCGGAUUGCUUUACAGGGUUUACUGAACAGUCAUUUCCCAAAUCGUUCAAUAGUGUUUUUUCUUUAUCUCAGUACUGGGCAGUUUCUCAUGUAAAAUGCUUAUCUCGCCUCCUCAUGCUUUCGAAGGAAUGGUUUCUGCCUUCAAGUACUUGCAAACAGCAGGCAGAAGAUGUUACUUUUUGUUUGAAAUUGUCCUUAAGUUUAAGGGUCCUCAAAUUGUUGAUUAAUCUUACGAAGGAUAUUCCCCUAGUUGGUUUUGAUGCGGACUUGCUCUGUAUAGUUGCGUGCAUUGCUGAUGGCCUGCCAAAUCUGUUUAAACUGGAGUCAGAACUUUCCGAGUGUGAAUCAAGCACUGCGCAGAAUAGUUUUUGGAGUCUCUUAUUGAAUCUGCUAGAAGAAUUUCUUCAAUUUGUUCAAAUUGCUUUUUGUGACAAUGUAGUGUAUCACAAUGUUCGGACGAGUAUGGCUGCUUCAAUUUUGGGUGCCUUAGAUUCCGGUUUAUGGAGGUAUAACAGUUCAGGCUCCUCUCUGAGGCCCCCAGUAGCUUACUUCCCUCAGGUUGUGAUGCACCUGCUGAAGCUCAUAGGGGAGAUUAAGAAUCAGAAAUCACAGUUGCUUGACACAAAGAAGGUUAAUGUUCAAAUGCCAGACUCUUUAUCUAGCUGUGAGUCUCAUAUUUUCUCAUGCCAUGUUAAUUCUGAGGUGUCUCUGCUUCGGAGCUACACAACUGAAGAACAUCUGAGAAUAAUAUUCCCGUCAUCAAGAGAGUGGGUGGAUGACUUUGUGCACCUGGUUUAUUUCCUUCAUUCCGAAGGAGUACGUUCCAGGAUUAAGACUGAUAUAAUGCGUCUAACUUGUGCGAAGUCUAUUGUUUCUGACCUGGACAGCACAACAAGUCAUGAGGAGGAGGCCAUUUUUGGAGAUCUUUUUUCUGAAGCUUCUCGACCUGUGGGAUCAUCAGAUGGGCAUGAUCAACUGCCUAUUAUUGCAGCUGGGUUCUCCAGUAGUCUUCAUGUGCCUGUCAUAGCAGCAGCAAUUGAACUACUGAACUUCUUGAAAUUGUGUAUCUUCUCUCCGGAUUGGAAUUAUACAAUUUUCUCUGACGCCUGCAAAAAGUUCAGCGACCAUCAUAUCGACAACUUACUUUCAAUGCUUCUCUGCCAAACCUAUCCUGAUGACAGGCCUGCUAAUAUUAGUGGUGCUUCCACAUCUCAAGGAACUCUUGGUCAUGCUAAUGAAGUUUGCUUUGAGCUGCUGCAUAAUCUUCUAGUGCAUCAUGUUUUGUCCACUUCUCUUGAAGAGCACCUUGUGGACCAGAUACUGAUGGUGAACAAUGGCAAAUAUAUGUACAAUGACUACACCCUUGCCUUGCUCGCGCAUGCUCUUAUUUCCACAGCAGGAUUGAGUGGAAGCCAUCUAGCGACCAACAUAUACAAGGCGUAUGGCAACUAUAUCAUUGAGAGAACAAAAGAAAUCUUCAGUGGAUGCCCUGAACUCACUGAACUCUUUGGAACUCUGCCUAAUAUUUUCCACAUAGAAAUACUUCUGAUGGCUUUCCACUUGUCUAAUGAGGUUGAGAAAUCUGCUCUUGCAAGUUUUGUGCUACUUUCUCUCAGGGAGGUAAAUAGUCCUCCAGAAGGAUGUAGCACAAAACAACUCUCUUGCUGGGCAUUGUUAGUGUCCAGACUCAUUCUGCUUCUACGUCAUUUGGUUUUGCAUCCAGCUACAUGUCCUUCAUGGUUGCUUUUGAGGUUGAGAUCAAAAUUGAGAGAGUCAUCCUCUAGGUCAUGUUUUUCCCAUAAUUCCAUUGAAAGCUAUUCUUCCUGGGUAUCAAUAGAAACAGGAAAGAUUUUGGGAGAUCAUGUCAGUGAGCUACCGGUUGUAAAUUCCUUGCUUCCUCAUCUAAUUGAUGUAGCUGCAUUCCAACUCCCUGCUUCACUCUGUAGAGAUAAUGAUGAUUUCCAGCUAUUGAGUCUUGAUUGUAAUGAUAUGUUUGCCACCUUUUCUUGGAUCCUGAGAUUCUGGGGUAGUAGAAAAGCUGAAGCUGUAGAAGAUCUCUUGCUUGAAAGAUAUCUAUUUAUGCUCUGCUGGGAUACUUGGCUGUGUGUUGGUUCCUUUUGCAGUCAGUUUCAGUUGAAAAGCGACUCUGAGAUUCAGUUGUCAUCAAUGCCAGAAUCUUUCCUCAAUUUUGGUAAUUUUUUGUUAAACCAUAAUGCAAUUACAUCUGAGGGUACCAAUCCAUCAGCAGUAGUAAUGCAAGUCCUGCAGCAGCUGCACUCUGCACAGGUACUGGAUUGUAAUCUAGAUCAAGGCUGGGAUUUUCUAAGAAAUGGGUCAUGGUUGUCUCUCGUGCUUUCUGUGCUUCAUGCUGGCGUUUGGAUGUACUCUGUUAGAAAUGACCUUUCUGGGAUUGACUCCUUCUGGAUUGAAAACAGCACAAAGGACUGUAAGUUCUUGAAUGCUGCUGAAGGCACAGUUAUAUCACUAACUGAGUCGGGUAAACUUGGAUGGCUGUUAAAUUUUUUGUUGUCUUGUUUAAAGCAACAGUUGCAGAUUUUUCAAGAAGCCUUUCUUUAUGUCCUUGAUGGUAAACGAGACCAUCGUGAUGGAUUUUCUAGUCUAUUGCUAUUUAAAAAUGUGUUAGUUGUUGGACGCGGACAAAAUGAUAUACUUGAGAAGUGUAGUUCCAAAAAUUUCCAGAUGAACUCUAUGUUUUGCCUUUUAUCAAAGCUUGACGAGGUCGCUAUCAUGGAAAACACAGGGAUAACUGCAAGAGUACUUUAUAGAUGCUUGUUGCAUGGUUUUCCAUCACAUUCAAAUAUUUCCAGUGGGUUACUUUUCUCAUGUAUCCUUACAGUGAGAGACAUCAUAUAUACUGUUGAUGGGUUACUUAAAAUAAAAUCUUUUAUUGGAGAUACUCAUUUUGAUGGAAAUAUGAUUCAUGAAAUUCUCGAGUCCAUAAUGACCAUAAAGUCGGACGUUAUUUUUCGCAGUAUUCAUGGAAAAUGUGAUUCUAUUUAUGGUAGUAUUGCUCCAAGCUUGGAUGGGAGCUUGGACUACAGUUCUCUGUAUGAACUGAAGCACAUCUUGGGCUUUCUUUCAGAAUUAAAUUGUCAUGAUGUCACUGAUGCUUCUAUACAUGAAACAUUGAUUAUAGCAGCUCUCGACAAAGCAGAGUGCCUCAGGAGAGAUCAGUCCAAAGCUGAUGUUUUCAAUUUUUUUCUUGGCACCGGACAAAAUGCCUUUAAAGCAGUGGAGAAAUAUAUUGAGGGAAAAUGUUUUAAUUUUUUUAUUUUAUUUAAUGCACUGGAGAAAUGUUCUUCUGAAACCGUCAACCUGAAAGUUCUGAGUUUCUUGGUCGAUCUUCUGACUGGCACUUCUCUUUAUCCUGGGUUCAAAGAGGCACUACAAAAGAGGUUGCUUGAAAUUGACUUGUCAAGUAUGUCCCUGUGGUUGGAAAAGAGACUCCUUGGAUACUGCGUGGAAUCCCCUGGGGGUGUUAUAUCAAGAGAAAGUUCUGCAGCUCUAAGGGAGUCGACCAUGAAUUUCCUUUCAUGUAUAAUCUCUCAACCAUGUGAGAUGAUGUCCAGGGAACUUCGCAGUCGAUUUGUUGAGGCAAUGCUUUUGUCUCUUGAGAAUGCGUUUACACUGUAUGACCUCAACACUGCCAAAGCAUUUUUCACUUCUCUGGUUCAACUAUUGGGUGGGGAGUCUCCAACGAAAAAGUUCUUGGAGAGGAUCUUGUUGCUGAUUGAGAAAUUAGCUGAACGUGAGGAUUUGCUGCCAAAUUUGAAGUUUCUCUUUAGUUUUCUUGGGGCUGUUCUUGGUGAUUCUGGAGCCAGUAAGAAUGUGACUAAUAAAAUUUCUGAAAAGCUUUCCUCCAGUAGUAGCUUUGGGGUUGAAUCUUUAGUUUCGAGGCAGAUUAGUAGAAAGAAUCCUGAGGCAUUGGCUCUUCCACGCAAUCAAGAAACAGAUUCCACAAAUGUCGAUUGUGAUGCAACAUCUGGAGAUGAAGAUGAAGAUGAUGGAACAUCUGAUGGUGAGUUGGCCAGUGUAGAUAAGGAGGAUGAGGAUGAUAGUAACAGUGAGAGGGCACUUGCUUCCCAGGUAUGCACUUUUACAUCUAGUGGCAGCAAUUUUAUGGAGCAGCACUGGUAUUUUUGUUACACAUGUGAUUUAACUGUUUCUAAAGGAUGCUGUUCAGUGUGUGCCAAGGUUUGCCAUCGUGGUCACCGUGUUGUAUAUUCUCGUUCUAGCAGAUUUUUCUGUGAUUGUGGGGCAGGAGGUGUUAGGGGCAGCAGUUGUCAAUGUCUGAAGCCCAGAAAAUUUGCUGGCGGCAGUAAUUCUACAGUUCGUAGCAGUACUAGCUUCAAAUCUCUGUUACCAUUCUCAGAAGACGGUGAUCAGGCUCCAGAAAGUGAUUCGGAUUUGGAUGGUGAUGUGCAUGCAGAUGUUGAUAGUUCAUUCAAAUUCUCUAUUCCACGAGAGAUGUUAGAAGUUCUCCCUACCCUUCUUGAAGAUGUUGAUACUGAGAAACAUGUGCUUAGACUUUGCAGUAAAUUAGCCCCGGCAGUGAUCAGCAAGCGUGAAUCCAACCUUUCGAAGGAGAAGAAGGUAGUAUUGGGUCAUAAUAAAGUGGUGUCUUACAAUACUGAUGUUUUUCAAUUGAAGAAAGCUUUUAAGGGUGGAUCAUUGGAUCUGAAGAUCAAGGCAGACUAUGCCAAUUCACGGGAUCUUAAAUCACACUUAGUAAGUGGUUCACUUGUAAAAUCACUGCUUAGUAUCAGCACUCGAGGUAGGCUUGCUGUUGGAGAAGGAGACAAAGUUGCCAUUUUUGAUGCCAGCCAGCUAGUUGGACAGCCCGCUGUAGCCCCAGUAUCAGCAGAUAAGAGCAGUGUGAAGCCUGUUUCAAGGAAUAUUGUUCGAUUUGAAAUAGUUCAUCUCCUAUUCAAUCCCAUUGUAGAAAAUUACCUAGCUGUUGCAGGGUACGAGGAAUGCCAGGUUCUUACUUUGAAUUCACGUGGUGACGUCACCGAUCGUCUUGCUAUUGAGCUUGCUUUGCAGCAUGGCUAUAUUCGGCGUGUGGAUUGGGUUCCUGGUUCGCAGGUUCAUCUGUUGGUCGUUACCAACAUGUUUGUCAAGAUAUAUGACCUAUCGCAGGAUAAUAUUAGUCCUGUCCACUAUUUUACUUUAACAGAUGAUGUGAUUGUAGAUGCUUCAAUUGUUACAGUUUCUAUGGGAAGACUUUGUAUUCUUGUUUUAGCAGAACUUGGAUCCUUAUUCAGACUAGAGUUGUCCGUGGAAGGAGAUGUUGGAGCGAAACCAUUGAAUGAGGUUAUCCGUGUCCAGGGCAGAGAUGUGCAACCCAAAGGUCACUCAUUAUAUUUCUCUCCAGUGCAUAGGUUGCUUUUCUUGUCCUAUCAAGACGGAACUACAUUGAUAGGGCGGCUCGAUGCCAGUGCAAUGUCAUUUACUGAGAUGUCAGCUAUAUAUGAAGAUGAGGAAGAUGGCAAAACUAGGCCAGCCGGUCUGCAUCAUUGGAGAGAAUUACUUAUUGACAAUGGAGUUUUUGUUUGCUUCUCAAGCAUCAAAUCUAAUGCUGCUUUGAGUAUAUCAUUUGGAGAUUGUGAAUUAGUCGCACAGAACAUGAGAUACGUAUCAGGCCCAGUUUUACCUUUGGUGGGGAUCACUGCUUACAAGCCCUUAUCGAAAGACAAAUCGUAUUGCCUUGUUUUACAAGACGAUGGCAGCCUCCAGAUUUACUCUCAUGUUCCUGUUAGUACUGAUGUCACGGGAAAUCUGAACUUGGACAAAGCUAAGAAGUUAGGGGCUGGUAUAUUAAAUAGUAAAGUUCAUGCUGGAAUGAGCACAGAUUUUCCCCUGGAUUUUUUCGAGAAAACAAUUUGUAUUACAGGUGACAUAAAGCUGAGUGGAGAUGCAAUAAAAAAUAAUGAUUCUGAAGGUGCCAAGCAAAGACUUCAGUCUGAAGAUGGAUUCUUGGAGAGUCCCAGCCCUUCAGGAUUCAAGGUACACAACGUAUUUGACUGGGGUUCUGCGAUACUAUUUCAUAAUUUGUUUUUCUCAUCCGUUCUAAGAUGGCUUCUUGUAUCAUGCCGUUUUCUUCCCCUUGGCUAGCAUGAACUUUCUGUUUCUAACUUAUUGACCUUCUUUAAUUGUCAUACCAGAUUACCGUGUCAAAUCUAAAUCCUGAUGUGACAAUGGUUGGUAUUCGCGUACAAGUGGGCAAUAUUUCAGUUAAUCUUAUCCCAGCCGACAUUACAGUCUUCCAAAGAGUAAUUAAGUUGGAUGAGGGCAUGCGAUCGUGGUAUGAUAUUCCAUUCACGACUUCUGAGUCGCUUGUUUCCGAUGAGGAGUUCACAAUCUCCAUUGGUCCAACUUUUGAUGGAUCCUCAGUACCUAGAAUAGAUUCAUUGGAGAUAUAUGGUCAGUCUAAAGAUGAAUUUGGUUGGAAACAGAAAAUGGAGGCUGUUCUAAAUAUGGAAACCCAUGCUCUCGGAGCUAAUUAUGGCAUUACAGCUGUUCGAAAAAAAUGCCAGACAAUGCAAGCUGCUUCUGUUCAAGAGCAGGUGUUAGCGGAUGCUCUCAAUCUUCUUUCUAGGUUAUACUCAUCAUGCAGGUCAUGGACUUGUUCAGAAGUUGAGGAAGCCAAUCUGGAGCUUAGCAAAGUCAAAUGCAAGGAUUUACUGGAAACAAUAUUUCAAAGUGACAGGGAGCCAUUGUUACAGACUGCUGCUUCCCAUGUUCUUAAGUCCAUUGUCCCUAGGAGGGAAAUUUACCAUCAUGUAAUUAUGCAGUCCUUCUAGUAACUAGUUUGUUGUUAUGGUUACAUUUGGAUCUAUUUCAUACUAAUUUUAUUUUUUCUUGCAGGUUAAGGAUACUAUGCGCCUGUUAGGUGUAAUAAACACCUUGCCUAGAUUGAGGUCUAGAAUUGGUGUAGGAGGUGCUGCAGCUGGUUGGGUGAUAAAAGAAUUCAUGGCACAAUUGCGUGCUGUAUCAAGAAUUGCUUUACAUCGAAGAUCUAACAUGGUCUCGUUUCUUGAAACUCAUGGUAUGCUUUAACCAAUAAUUUCAAUUUCCAAAUGGGAAGAAACCGAUGUUGAGGAUGGACCAUAAUCAUGAUCCAUGCCGUUCUUACAUCUUAGGAGGCAAGGUACUAAUAGUAAUGUUAACUGAUAUUUAAACCGAAUGAAAUUGAUGAAUACAGAAUGGAAUAAGCAGACAUUUAGUUUAAGAGCUUAAUUUUAAGACAUCCUAUGUGGAUACCAAAUAUUUAAAAACUGAAUUGAUUUUUUUUGUUUUAUAUUGAAUAAAUUCUUAUCCCCGUGGAGAACCUUUAAGAUUAAGUUUUUUGUAGUCUUUUCUCCGAAGUUGGUUUUUAUCAUGCUACUGAGGAACGAAAAGUGGGUGCAGAAUGUUGUGUACGUCUUUCUUUUCUGAAAGCUUGAGAGUAGCUUUAGGGGCUCCGAUCGUUGAGCCUCUGGGUGGGAGCAUGUGAAAGAUUUGAUUUGUAAAGAAAAAACAUUGUCACAAUUUCGUAGUUUGCUGUUAAUUUACAACAUACCCUGACAAUGGUGUCUAUAUGAUUAGGUUCUGAAGUAGUGGAUGGAUUAAUGGAAGUUCUCUGGGGAAUUUUGGACUUGGAGCGACCAGAUACACAAACUGUUAACAACAUAGUCAUACCAUCUGUGGAUCUGAUCUAUUGUUAUGCGGAAUGCCUUACUUUGCAUGGAAGUGUUGCUUCUGGAUGCUCCGUUGCGGCUGCUGCUGUGUUACUUAAGAAGCUGCUCUUUGCACCCUAUGAAACGGUUCAAACUGCUAGCAGGUUAUUAUAUUCCACUGUGACCUCUCCAUGCUACUGUUCUUAGAUUUUUUAUAGAUUCUUAUUCCUCCCUUUCUUCUGCGUUUUAUUUUUUAAUGUUUUGUUUUUCAGUUUAGCUAUAUCAUCAAGGUUGCUUCAGGUUCCAUUUCCCAAGCAGAUGAUGUUAGCUCCAGAUGAUGCUGGAGAGAAUGUUGCAGCAGCAAAUGUGCCUUCUGAUGUAUCUCCUGCAACAGGUGGGAAUGCACAUGUCAUGAUUGAAGAAGAUGCUAAUAUAUCUUCAGUUCAAUAUUGUUGCGAUGGAUGUUCAACAGUCCCUAUACUUAGGCGUCGGUGGCACUGUAAUGUUUGUCCAGAUUUUGACUUAUGUGAGACCUGCUAUGAACUUCUGGAUGCAGAUCAGCUCCCUCCACCACAUUCUAAGGAUCACCCGAUGUCAGCAAUUCCUAUUGAGAUCGAUUCAGUUGGAGGUGACGGUCGUGGAGUCCUGUUCGCAAUGGAUGAACUCAGUGAUACUAACUUAAUCCAGGUUGCUACAGAUAUCAAUAUGCAGAACUCACCUUCCUCUAUUCAUGUAUCAGAGUCUAUCGAAUCUGGGGAUUUUCCUCCCGAGGAUCAGAGGUUUGUUUCAAUUUCUGCAUCAAAGAGAGCUGUGAACUCACUGCUGCUCCAACAGUUAAUUUCUGAGCUCAAAGGAUGGAUGGAGACAACUCCUGGGUUUCGAGGUAUUCCUAUCAUGCAGUUGUUUUAUCGACUGUUCUCUGCUGUCAGUGGACCUUUUAUGGAUAGCUCACAACCUGAAAACUUGGAUCUCGAAAAAGUUGUCAAAUGGUUAUUAGAUGAAAUUAAACUGAGUAGGCCGUUUGUCGUCAAGGGGCGUACAAGUUUUGGUGAAGUUACCAUACUCGUAUUCAUGUUCUUUACUCUAAUGCUUCGAAAUUGGCACCAACCUGGCGGUGAGAGCUCCCAAGUGAAGUCAGCUGCAGUUGCCGAGACACAAGAAAAAGGUUCUUUUCACAUUCCAUCAAACAGCUCUUUUUUCUCUCGCUCCAGCGAUGAUCAAGAAAAAAACGAAUUUGUUUCUCAGCUCACCCGUGCCUGUUCUUCCUUGAGACAACAAGCUUUUGUCAACUAUUUAAUGGACAUUUUGCAGCAACUCGUCUGGGAGUUUAAGUCCUCACGUGGUAGUGUUGAUAACAGUCAUGGCUUAUCCACUCAUUCAGGAUGCGGAUCCCUUUUAACAAUUAGAAAGGAGAUUCCGGCUGGAAAUUUCUCUCCUUUUUUCUCUGAUUCUUAUGCAAAAGCUCAUAAAUCAGAUCUAUUUAUGGAUUACCACAGGUUGCUGUUAGAGAACACUUUUCGCCUGGUGUAUGGUCUUGUCAGACCUGAAAAGCAUGACAAGUGUUUGGUUAAGGAGAAAACCCACAGAAAUUCUUCUGGUAAGGAAUUGAAACUUGAUGGGUAUCAAGAUGUUCUGUGCGGUUAUAUUUGCAACCCACACACGACAUUUGUACGGAGGUAUGCUAGAAGACUUCUACUACAUUUGUGUGGGAGCAAAACGCAAUACUAUCAGGUGAGAGAUUCCUGGCAGUUCUCAAAUGAAGUGAGAAAACUUUACAAACUUGUAAAUAAGUCCAGUGGCUUCCAGAAUCCUGUCCCAUAUGAGACAAGUGUUAAACUGGUCAAGUGCUUGUCUUCUAUAUCUGAAGUAGCUGGAGCAAGACCUCGGAAUUGGCAAAAGUAUUGCAUCAAACAUGGGGAUAUUCUCUCCUUUUUGACGGAUGGAAUCUUCUGUUUUGGUGAAGAAUCAGUAAUCCAGACACUUAAGCUUUUAACUUUGGCCUUCUACACUGGCAAGGACACUUCUCCCGCUGCACUGAAGGCAGAAGCCGAGGAUGGAACGGGCUCUAGUAAAGUGGGUAGUCAGUCCUCUGAUUCAAAGAAGAAGAGAAAGGGGGAUGAUGGAAGUGAAACUGGUUCAGAGAAGUCUUAUCUGGAUAUGGAGCAGGCUGUUGGUAUUUUCUAUGCAAAAGAAGGUUCUGUUCUGCAGCGUUUUAUUGAUUCCUUUUUACUUGAGUGGAACUCAACAAGUCUGCGUGCCGAAGCCAAAAGUGUCCUCUAUGGAAUUUGGCAUCAUGGGAAAAAACCAUUUCAGGAAACUUUGCUUACUGCUCUGUUAGAGAAGGUGAAAAUUCUGCCAAUGUAUGGACAGAACACCGUGGAAUACACUGAACUGCUGAUUUCGCUGUUGGGAAAGGUGCCUGAUGGCAGUGGGAAGCCACAUGAAGCAGAAGUUAUAAAUCAGUGUCUUACACCGGAUGUGAUAAAUUGUAUAUUUGAAACACUUCAUUCUCAGAAUGAACUCUUGGCUAAUCAUCCAAAUUCACGUAUAUAUAGCACUCUAGGUGGUUUAGUGGAAUUUGAUGGUUACUACCUGGAAAGUGAUCCUUGUAUUGCAUGUAGCUGUCCUGAGGUGCCUUACAGCAGGAUGAAGCUUGAAAGUUUGAAAUCCGAGACAAAGUUUACUGAUAACCGGAUAAUAGUGAAAUGCACUGGGAGCCACACUAUUCAGACUGUGACUAUGAAUGUCCAUGACGCUCGUAAGUCUAGAUCAGUAAAAGUUUUGAACCUAUACUAUAAUAAUACACCUGUUGCUGAUCUAUCAGAAUUGAAAAACAAUUGGUCAAUGUGGAAGCGCGCCAAAAGUUGCCACCUGGCUUUCAACCAGACAGAGCUGAAGGUUGAUUUUCCGAUUCCAAUCACAGCCUGCAAUUUCAUGAUCGAGCUUGAUUCUUUCUAUGAAAGUCUCCAAGCUUCCUCUCUCGAGUCCUUGCAAUGCCCUCGUUGCAGCAGAUCUGUCACUGAUAAACAUGGCAUCUGCAGUCACUGUCAUGAAAAUGCAUAUCAGUGUAGACAAUGCCGUAAUAUAAACUAUGAGAAUUUGAAUUCUUUCCUUUGCAAUGAGUGCGGGUACAGCAAGUAUGGUCGUUUUGAGUUCAAUUUUAUGGCAAAACCUAGUUUUGUGUUCGAUGACAUUGAAAACGAUGAAGACAUGAAGAAAGUGCUGGCAGCUAUUGAAUCAGAAUCAGAAAAUGCUCAUCGGAGGUACCAGCAGCUUCUUGGCUUCAAGAAACCCCUGCUUAAGCUUGUAUCGAGCAUUGGUGAACAUGAGAUCGACUCACAACAGAAGGACACCGUCCAGCAGAUGGUGGUCUCCUUGCCUGGUCCGUCAUGUAAGAUCAACCGGAAAAUCGCUCUCCUCGGAGUUUUGUACGGCGAGAAAUGCAAAGGUGCCUUUGAUUCUGUCAGCAAGAGUGUGCAGAUGCUUCAAGGCCUUCGUCAGGUGUUGAUGAGCUACCUGAACCAGAAAGGCUCCGAUAAAACAGUACCUCCCUCCAGAUUAGCAGUCUCAAGGUUGCCAAACAACUGUUAUGGUUGUGCCGCUACAUUUGCCACACAAUGUAUGGAGUUGCUACAGGUCCUCUCCAAAAAUGCCAACUGUCGAAAACAGCUUGUUGGAUUGGGCGUCUUGUCAGAGUUGUUUGAAAACAACAUACAUCAGGGCCCCAAGACGGCCCGUUCCCAAGCAAGGGCCGUUCUCUGUGCUUUCUCUGAGGGUGACGCAAAUGCAGUUGCAGAGCUGAACAAUUUGAUUCAGAAAAAAGUCAUGUACUGUCUUGAGCAUCAUCGUUCGAUGGAUAUUUCGCAGGCAACUCGUGAGGAGCUAUUCUUGCUGUCAGAGACCUGUUCAUUGGUCGACGAGUCUUGGGAAGCAAGGUUGCGCGUUUCUUUUAAGUUGCUGUUCUCUUCUAUUAAGUUUGGGGCCAAGCAUCCUGCGAUUUCCGAGCACGUUAUUCUUCCUUGCCUGAGGAUCGUAUCUCAGGCAUGCACGCCUCCGAAAACUGAUAAGUCAGAGAAAGAAGAAGAAACGGGAAAAUCCGGUAGCCUGCAAUCGAAGAAUGACCCUUCUGUCGAUUCAUCUGUGCCUUCGAGUAAGCUCUCAUCAGAGCUGUCUGAAAAGAGUUGGGAUGGAGGGAAUGGGCAGGAUAUCCCACUGUUGAGCUAUUCUGAGUGGGAAAGGGGGGCUUCGUACCUUGAUUUUGUGCGGAGGCAGUACAGAUUUUCGCAGUCAGCUAAAUCUUUUAAGAGGUCUCGCCAGGAACCACCGAGGAAGGAUUACCUUGCUCUUAAGUAUGCUCUGAGGUGGAAGCGGAUUGCAUGCCGAAGAACAGGGAAAAGUGAUUUCUCAUCUUUUGAGCUCGGAUCCUGGAUAUCGGAGUUGAUUCUCAGUGCCUGUUCGCAAUCUAUAAGGGUGGAGGUCUGCGCUCUCUUUACCUUGCUCUGCCCAGAGAAUUCAUCUCGGCAGUUCCAACUAUUGAACUUGCUGAUGACACUGCUACCGGCUAGCUUGUCCGUUGGUGAUAGUGCAGCAGAGUAUUUUGAGUUGUUCUUCAAGAUGAUAGAGUCUGAAGCUGCACGGCUGUUCCUGACUGCCAAGGGAUGCUUGGCUACACUUUGUAGAUUAAUAACAGAGGAAGUCAGCAGCGUUGAAUCUCAGGAAAGAAGAUUGAAUAUUGACAUAUCCCAGGGAUUCAUACUACAUAAACUGGUUGAGCUCCUGAGCAAGUUUCUCGAGGUCCCCACCAUACGGGUCAGGUAUGAUAGUUAUCAAAUUCUUUCUUUGACUUUGAUCUUAUCUCUAGCCGUUCUGCCUCACAAGAUUCAUCAUUCGUGCUAUAGAUUUAUGCGUGCCGAGCUGAUAUCACAAAUUCUGGAGGCUCUCCUCGUCAUUCGGGGCUUGAUCCUGCAGAAGACGAAGCUGAUAAGCGACUGCAACAGGCUCUUGAAGGAGCUUCUUGAUGGUUUUCUGCUUGAGAGCUCCGAAAAUAAACGGCUUUUUACGUGCGCUUGUAUAUCUGGUCUUCAAAUUCACUCCAAGGAACGGAAGGGACGAACUUCUCUGGUAUGUUACAGUGCAUCCUCUUCCUUGUUCUCUAAUGUCCGCAAAAUGAAAUGCUCAGACUUGUUUUCUCUUUGAAACUUCACAUCUGCCAAUUCUUGUAUAAUAUUUAUUCUUCUUCUUUGUAAUACGUCACAUUUCUCAACAUUCAUUCUAACGAUGGAAUUUUGCUCCGCCAGCUCCUUCCCCCUUACACGGUUCAUUUUAUUGUCAUUUGCAUUUCAGUACAUUGAAAUGCUCGAUCAGAUUCAUUUGUUUCUUUCAAAGUUCAUAAUUUUCUUAUCAAGCAAUCAAAUUCCGAUUAUUUUUUUUCCUGCAACAGUUCAUCUUGGAACAGCUAUGCAAUGUGAUCUGUCCUUCAAAGCCAGAACCCGUCUACCUUUUGAACCUCAACAAGUCGCACACUCAAGAGGAGUUUAUAAGGGGUUCCAUGACGAAAAAUCCCUACUCCAGCAACGAGAUUGGUUUGCUGAUGAGAGAUGUCAAGAACAAAAUUUGUAAUCAGCUGGACCUUCUGGGUCUUCUCGAAGACGACUAUGGCAUGGAAUUACUCGUAGCUGGGAAUAUAAUUUCUCUUGAUCUGAGCAUCGCCCAGGUCUAUGAACAGGUGUGGAAGAAGUCAUACGCUCAGUCACAGAAUGCUGUUUCUGGCUCUGCAUUAUUAUCUUCUGUUGGGAUCACAUCCGGCAGCGAAUGCCCGCCUAUGACAGUCACAUACCGGCUUCAGGUAGAUUAAACUCGACACAAAGGUGUUCAGUUCGUCAGGUUUGAUUUACUGUGCGGCUAUCUAAACACCUCUCUUUAAAACUUUAUAUUUUGUCAUUAGAUAUCUCAGAACUGUUUAUAAUUCAUCUAAAGAUGUUCAGUUCGUCUCGUUUGAUUUAGCUGGUCUGGUGUAGAAUCCCCCCUAGCCAUGAUCUCCACUUUUAUCGUGCGGCUAUCAGACAGAACGGCUUUUUUAAGUUUUGACUUCAUUUUUUUCCAUGUGAUAUCGUGGAUUUUCUUCCGGUUUUUAAGUUUUGACUUCAUUUAUUCCAAUAACUUUGUUUGCGAGAAUCAGCCAAACUGCUACUCCUCAGAUCGACAUUUCCGAUCAUUUUGGAGAAGCCAUGAUCAGUAAAAAAUUUGGGUCCCAGUUCAUAUUAGAAAGCUUCAAUCUGACCGCUCGCAAUUUCUUCUCCCAGGGCUUGGAUGGCGAAGCCACCGAGCCCAUGAUCAAGGAGCUGGAGGAGGACAGGGAGGAAUCGCAGGAUCCUGAGGUGGAGUUCGCCAUUGCAGGCGCUGUCCGCGAAUGCGGUGGGCUCGAAGUUAUUUUGAGCAUGAUUCAGGUUCCCUCUCUCUCUCUCCCUUCCAGAAUGAUCUGAACCACAAUAAAUGCUUUUGUAAUCGAUCUAAAUAAACUGUUUGUUCUGCUCUGAUGUUGUUUGUUAUUUGUUGUUGGUGUUGUCCGCUGGUGGCAUCAGCGAUUGAGUGAGGAGGAUCUGAAGUCGAACCAGGAGGAGCUGAGCUCUGUCCUGAAUCUGCUCAUGUACUGCUGCAAGAUCCGGGAGAACCGGCGGGCGCUGCUGCAGCUAGGUGCCCUGGGGCUGCUCCUUGAGACCGCCAGGCGCGCCUUCGCCGUGGACGCCAUGGAGCCCGCAGAGGGUAUCCUCCUCAUCGUCGAGAACCUCACCAUGGAAGCCAACGACACCAACCUCAGCAUCACCCAGACGGCGGCGCUCAGGGCCGCCGCCGCCGCCGCCGGCGCCGCCGGUGAGGAGGAGCAGGCCAAGAAGAUCGUGCUCAUGUUCCUGGAGCGGCUCUCCCACCCCUCCGGCACAAAAAAGUCCCACAAGCAGCAGCGCAACGACGAGAUGGUGGCGAGGAUCCUCCCCUACCUCACCUACGGGGAGCCCGCGGCCAUGGAGGCCCUCAUCCAGCACUUCGACCCUUAUCUUAGGGACUGGUCCGGCUUCGACCACCUGCAGAGGGAGCACCUGGAGAACCCCCGGGACGAGAGCAUGGCCCUGCGGGCGGCGAAGCAGAGGAGCGCCCUGGAGGACUUCGUCAGGGUCUCCGAGUCCCUCAAGACGAGCUCCUGUGGGGAGAGGCUCAAGGACAUCAUCCUCCACAAGGGCAUCACCGGCGCCGCCGUCCGCCACCUGAGGGAGAGUUUCCCACCCUCCACAAGGGCGGCGAUGGCCGGCUUCAAGCUGUCGGCGGAGUGGGCGCAGAGCCUGAAGCUGCCCUCCGUCCCCUUGAUCCUCUCCAUGCUGAGGGGGAUCUCCAGGGGUCAUCAGCCCACGCAGGCCUGCAUCGACGAAGCUGGGCUCCUCCCUCUCCUCCAUGCCCUAGAGGGGGUCCCCGGGGAGAGCGAGAUUGGAGCAAGAGCCGAGAACCUGCUGGACACUCUCUCCGACAAGGAGACCACCGGCGACGGCUUCCUCGGGGAGAAAGUCCGCAGCCUGCGGCACGCCACCAGGGACGAAAUGAAGCGCCGGGCUCUGCGGAAGCGCCAGGAGCUCCUCCAGGUAAUCACCCUACUCUUCCUACCCACCAUUAUCUACCAUUCCGAACCAGAGUGUAGGAAUAUCGAAACACCUUCAGAAGGCAUUGGUUGUGAAUUUUAUUUUUUUUUCUUGGGAAAAAUGCGCAGGGCCUGGGGAUGCGGCAGGAGGUGGCGUCGGACGGAGGGGAGCGGAUAGUGGUUUCCCGGCCGAGCAUCGAGGGGCUGGAGGAGGUGGAGGAGGAGGAAGAGGACGGGCUGGCGUGCAUGGUGUGCCGGGAGGGGUACUCCCUGCGGCCGGGGGACGCGCUGGGCGUGUACUCGUACACGAAGCGGGUGAACCUCGGCGCGGGGAGCGCGCGGGGGGACUGCGUCUACACUACGGUGAGCCACUUCAACGUGAUCCACUUCCAGUGCCACCACGAGGCCAAGCGGGCGGACGCGGCGCUGAAGAAUCCCAAGAAGGAGUGGGAGGGGGCGGCGCUGAGGAACAACGAGACACUCUGCAACAGCGUCUUCCCCCUCAGGGGCCCCUCCGUCCCCCUCCCCCAGUACCUCCGCUACGUCGACCAGCACUGGGAGAACCUCGCCGCCCUCGGCCGCGCCGACGGCAGCCGCCUCCGCCUCCUCACCUACGACAUCGUCCUGGUAUAUAUAUCUCCCACUAUUGCCGCUCCUGGUCCUCUUCCCUCUUCACUUCCGCCGGUGUGUGUUUGACUGGACUGACUGACUGACUGACUGCUCUUCCUUGCUCUGUUCUUGUAGAUGCUGGCGCGGUUUGCGACGGGGGCGUCGUUCAGCGCGGACAGCAGGGGCGGAGGGAAGGAGAGCAACGCGCGGUUCCUGCCCUUCAUGGUGCAGAUGGCCGCCCACCUGCUGGAGCAGGGGAGCUCCUCCGGCCAGCAGCGCCGGACUCUGGCCCGGUCGGUGGCGGCGUAUCUGACCCCCCCGGCGGCACCUGCGGCUGCGCCUCCGCCGGUGACUUCGCCUGCCGGAGGGGUCCGUGCCGCCGCCGCCGCCGCCGAGGAGACGGUGCAGUUCAUGAUGGUGGCCUCCCUGCUGUCCGAGUCCUACGAGGACUGGUCCCGGCACCGCGUCACCUUCCUGCAGCGCGGCCUGCACCACGCCUGCGCGCAGCAGCAGCAGGUGCACGGCCGCCCCGCCGAGCUCUUCGCCGUCGUCAAGCCGAUCCUCGUCUACGUGGGGCUGAUCGAGCGGCUGCAGUGCUUCUUCAAGCUGCCGCCCAGAGCGGGAGGAGGGGAAGCGGCAGCAACAGCAGUAGCAGCAGCAGCAGCGGACGGGGGCAGCGGCGGCGGGGGUUUGGAGAGGUGGGAGCUGGCGAUGAAGGAGCGGCUGGGGAACGUGAAGGAGAUGGCGGGGUUCUCCAAGGAGCUGCUGCCGUGGCUCGAGGACAUGACCUCCGCCGAGAGCCUGCAGGAGGCGUUCGACGUCAUGGGCCUCCUCGGGGACGUCCUCUCCGCCGGAGACUACCCUCACUGCGAGGCCUUCGUCGCCGCGGCCGUGCAGAAGAAUUGA